AUGCCAUUCCCGACAAAAGAAUUCAAACCCUUUUUAAACAGUUAUAAUCUUGACUCCUCACAAAAGAUUCGUACUGCAUUAGGCACGAACCAUCAAUUUCGUGCUAAUUACGACAAAGAUAUAAAUGCAGAUGAAGAUUGGGUCAACCACGUGGUACAUUCGUUAGUCAGGGAAUAUCAAUUCGGAAAUAUGGAUCGUUAUUACACUGAAGCCUGGUAUCAAUCUCAUAUUUGGUCAAUGAUAGAGUCCUGUUUCGACAAGGUCAAAGGGAUCGAAGCUGCAACAGGUGAAAGCGCUAGCCUUGGUAGCAAAAGAAGAAUGAAUCAAAACCGCACCCCAACGGCAAUCAACAACAUGCCUCGUCUGGCCUACGGUCAUAAAUGUGAUCUUGUGUUCCGGCAGUAUGAUAAUGGCCACAACUUACCAUUGGAGUUUGGUGGUAGUGAGGCAAAACCCAGAAUUGAAGAAGAUUAUGGCACCAAGUUCAUGCAGGAAGGAUUUAUUAAAUUGCCUAGAAUGCUCAAAGACAUGAUGGAUGUAUUGCUCAAAGCGAUUGACUAUGAUAACCGAUCAACUGCAAUCCGUACAGUUGGUAUUUUACAUUCCGGAUUGUCAUGUACCAUGGUCGAAUUAGAUAGACCUACUGCCUAUGUUUCUCGUGUUUUCCGUGGCAAAAAGAUCGAGAUCAGCAGCAAAGUAGAAAAAUUUGGUUCGACGGUAUUGCCCGCCAUCUUGUCUUCUUGGGUUUGCUGCGAGAUUAUGAAAGUUGUGCUAAAUGUUGUUGUGAAUACCCCCCCCCCAAGCAGAUAA